CGCCACCGCCCCAGGGGCCCGCCCACCGCCGUGCAGGGACGGAGUCUCCGCGCUCCUCCCAUCUGGGGUCCCGCCCCGCGUCGAGCCCAGCCGAGCCGAAACGAACCGAACCGCCACCGAUCGCUCCCGUGCGCGGCGCAACGCUGCGCGACACUGCAGCGUCCGGCCCGGCGGAGCUAAGCGGAGGGGGAGCUCAGUCCGCACCUGACAAGGGGGAAGACGAUGAAGCUGUAGAGAUGCUUCCCUACGUGAUCGCCACCCUGGGCUCAGCAGGGGCUGCCUGCAAAACCUCCACAUGCAACAACAGCACCAAGGACUACUGCUACAGUGCCCGCAUCCGCAGCACUGUGCUGCAGGGGCUACCCUUUGGUGGGGUGCCCACCGUCCUAGCCCUUGACUUUAUGUGCUUUCUCGCACUGUUGUUUGUCUUUUCAAUUUUGCGUAAAGUUGCCUGGGACUACGGACGCCUGGCACUGGUGACUGAUGCUGACAGGCACCGACGCUGGCAGACGGAGCGAGAGGAGCGGGAAUACGUAGCCUCCGCCCUGCACUCCGACAACCAUGACCGCUAUGAGCGCCUCACCUCUGUCUCCAGCUCUGUGGACUUCGACCAGAGGGACAAUGGUUUCUGCUCCUGGCUGACAGCCAUCUUCAGGAUAAAGGAUGACGAGAUCCGGGACAAGUGCGGGGGUGAUGCAGUGCACUACCUGUCCUUCCAGAGGCACAUCAUCGGGCUGCUGGUGGCAGUGGGUGUGCUCUCUGUGGGCAUUGUGUUACCUGUAAACUUCUCAGGGGACCUGCUAGAAAACAACGCCUACAGCUUUGGGAGAACAACUAUCGCUAACCUGAAUUCUGGGAAUAACUUGCUGUGGCUGCACACGUCUUUUGCCUUCCUGUACCUGCUGCUGACAGUGUACAGCAUGCGCCGGCACACCUCCAAGAUGCGCUACAAAGAGGAUGACUUGGUUAAGCGAACUCUCUUCAUCAAUGGGAUCUCAAAAUAUGCUGAGCCAGAGAAGAUCAAGAAGCAUUUUGAGGAGGCCUAUGCCAACUGCACUGUCCUGGAGGCCCGUCCCUGCUAUGAUGUGGCCCGGCUGAUGUUCCUCGAUGCAGAGAGGAAGAAGGCUGAGCGUGGACGAAUCUACUUCACCAACCUGCAGAGCAAGGAGAACACCCCAUCCAUGAUCAACCCCAAGCCCUGUGGCCACCUAUGCUGCUGUGUCAUCAGGGGCUGUGAGGAGGUUGAGGCCAUUGAGUACUAUACCAAGCUGGAGGAGAAGCUCAAAGAUGACUACAAGAGGGAGAAGGAAAAGGUGAAUGAAAAGCCUCUGGGGAUGGCCUUUGUCACCUUCCACAAUGAGACCAUCACAGCCAUAAUCCUCAAAGAUUUCAAUGCUUGUAAGUGCCAGGGCUGUGCAUGCCGUGGGGAGCCCAGGGCCUCCUCCUGCAGCGAGUCCCUCCACGUAUCCAACUGGACUGUCAGCUACGCCCCUGACCCACAGAACAUCUACUGGGAACACCUCUCCAUCCGGGGCUUCAUCUGGUGGAUUCGCUGCCUUGUGAUCAACGUUGUCCUCUUCAUCCUCCUCUUCUUCCUCACUACUCCUGCUAUCAUCAUCACAACUAUGGACAAGUUCAAUGUCACCAAGCCUGUGGAGUACCUCAAUAACCCCAUCAUCACCCAGUUCUUCCCCACCUUGCUGCUGUGGUGCUUCUCUGCUUUGCUGCCCACCAUUGUGUAUUACUCUGCCUUCUUUGAAGCACACUGGACCAGAUCUGGAGAGAACAGGACAACCAUGCACAAGUGUUACACCUUCCUCAUCUUCAUGGUCUUGCUGCUGCCAUCAUUGGGCCUGAGCAGCUUGGAUGUGUUUUUCCGCUGGUUGUUUGACAAAAAGUUCCUCGCUGAAGCCGCCGUGCGAUUUGAGUGUGUGUUCCUGCCAGACAACGGGGCCUUCUUCGUCAACUAUGUCAUCGCUUCUGCCUUCAUUGGGAAUGCCAUGGACCUGCUGCGCAUCCCGGGAUUGCUCAUGUACAUGAUACGCCUCUGCCUGGCCCGCUCGGCUGCUGAGCGGAGGAACGUCAAGCGACACCAGGCCUACGAGUUCCAGUUUGGGGCUGCUUACGCCUGGAUGAUGUGCGUCUUCACUGUGGUCAUGACAUACAGCAUCACCUGCCCCAUCAUCGUUCCCUUUGGGCUCAUGUACAUGCUGCUUAAGCACCUGGUGGACCGAUACAACCUGUAUUAUGCUUACCUGCCUGCCAAGCUGGACAAGAAGAUCCACUCAGGGGCUGUGAACCAGGUGGUGGCAGCCCCCAUCCUCUGCCUCUUCUGGCUUCUCUUCUUCUCCACCAUGCGCACAGGGUUCCUGGCCCCCACUUCCAUGUUCACCUUUGUGGUUCUUGUGAUCACCAUUGUGAUCUGCCUAUGUCACGUCUGCUUUGGGCACUUCAAAUACCUCAGCGCUCACAACUACAAGAUUGACCACACAGAGGUGGACGCCAUAGAAAGUAGGCAGAAUGGGAGACCUGCCACCAGUCUGCCAGCUCCCAAAUCAGCUAAGUACAUCGCCCAAGUGCUUCAGGACUCGUCUCCCGAGGGUGAAGCGACCGAGUCGGAGGAGCAGGGGUCGCAGGACGAGGAGCUCAUCAAUGCAGAUGGCAUGAACGACACGGAUUUCCAGUCGUGUGAGGACAGCCUGAUAGAGAACGAGAUCCACCAGUAGGGACCUCGAAGGGUGGGAGGGGAAGGAGGCCCAGGAGCGGGGCAGACUGUGAGACCUGGGGAGAGGGACCUGAGGGUGCUGGCCACUGCCCUCACCCACCCACCCCCCGGGGCCGCUGCCUUCCGUGAGGGCAGGGGCCCUGCUGCAAGCCCUCCAUUUCCCUGCCCUUCCACCCCUGCGCCAGCCCGGCAGCUCAGCGGGCAUGCGCUUUACUAGCUACCUUCUUUAAUGCAUCUCUGGACCCCAAAACCCUGGGGGCUGGGGAGGAGGGGGACUGUGACCCCCACGGUGGUGCUGUGGACCUGCAGGAAGGAGGAAGGCUGGGUAAUUUGUGGGGAAGGGCACAAGGGGAAUUUCCGUGGUCUUUUCAGCAGGCCACGCUGUUCCCCGUCCUCCUGGUGAGAAACACUAAUAGUUUAUUAGAUUUACAGGAAGGUAAAGGCUAAAGGAAAGCUUUAGUCAAUGUGUUGGAAGCCCCAUCUGGGGAGAGGGGUGGCUUCUCUUGCAUCUUCUGCCCUUGCCCAGCCCCUAGCAGGAUCCACUUGGUGUGACAUACCAGGAGCUGGGCUAGGUGCAGGAGGUGGUGACAGAAACUUUCCCCCUCCCCACAGGGAAGGUGACAGCCUGGCCUUGUGAUCAGGGGUGGCAUCACCCUGGGGAGGGGGCAUGGGUUUGGAGUGAUCUGAUCAGGCCCUCACAAGAUGAGGGGUGCUGAGGGCAUUUCUCAAGGGUUGGAGGAGGUGCAGGCAGCCUCUCUCCCAGGUUCUGUCCUCUCCUGCCCCAGGGGCCCAGGCAGGGUAUUGCAACGUCAUUUAAAGUGGCAUUUAUUUUGCACAUUUUACCCCCCUUUCAAACGAAAAUCAACCUGACUCCCAUGUGGUACCGCACCCCUCUUUGCUGCCCUGAGUCUGCACAACAGGAUCAGGCAUGGGGGGGCUGUGCUUGGGGGUCUCCUGGGUGCUAGGGAGAGAGGGGAGAAAGGGUCCUGGGUUGCAGGCCCUUGGCACCCUGUGGGGUCCAUGCUGCCUGGUUGUAAUGGGGUCCAUGGCCUGCCUUCCCCAAGCUGCCACAGGGAUGUUCCUCAGCUGAGGCAGUUGGAAAGGGAGGGAGUCCUGGAAGAGAAGCCCCUGGGAGCCCUCUCCAAGCAAGCCCACCAUCUUCAGGAGCACAAAAGCCUUUUGGGGCUGCACUGGCUUUCUUCAGCUGCCCAGACUGUGUGUAAGCCCCUCUGGCAUCACCCUGCCUGAAAGCGGGGGGCUGUGCCUCCCCUACCUCUGACCUCACCUCCUCCCUGGUGAUAGCUGUGUUUGGAGGCAGUGAGGGGACAGGAUGGAUGAGAGAGGUGAACUGAAGCCCCUGCCAUCUGCAGGGAGGUCUGACCCUAUUUGAAGGCUCUUUUUGAGGGGGUUCCUGGAUAGGAUCAGUUGCCCUCAAUUGCUUCCCCCCCUCCCCUUGUGUAAAAUGUAAAAGAAAAUAAUAAAUCUCCCUGCUACUGAGCUAUAUUUAUUUCCCUCAACCCCCUGCCACCAUCCUGUUCGGUGCUCAUUGCAGACACUACCACCCUACCUUUGCCUGUCAUCUGUGGGUGCUGCUCCAGCUCGCUGAGGCUGUGCCCUCCAGGGUCUGAUAGUGCCGGGUGGAAGGUGACAGUCAGUGCUUUGAACUUUUCAAUCACCCGGCUGGCUCUAGAGCUCCAAGCACUUUAAUAGACCUGAAGAAGUAAAGCAUCAGCCCUGCCCAGCUCUGCUCCAGGGAAGGGUGGUCACAAUCCAUGGCUUUUCUCUCCUUUGUCCCUGUUAGAGGAGGGAAGCCAGAAACACUGAGCAGGCCAGGGGCUGCUCUGUGGAGGACACAGCUGACUUUCCUGUAUACCUCUAUAGGAAUCUCAGGCUCCAAGGAAAGGGUGGAUGAAGGGGAAGAGAUGAGGGUCUUUGAUACGUGGGGAGGGCACGCUGCUCUGGCUCCCAGGGCUCAGCUGGUGCUGGAGCACAUGUGAGUGCAGAGGGAUGCAGUGAGUGUCACUCUUCCCUUCAGGGAUGGGCUACAAAUGAAAUGAGUAUGUGAGCUAAAAGCUCCCUGUCCACUCCCAGGCUGGGGUGGGGAGGAUAUUGAUCCUGCUUCCCUCUUCUUGCAAAUACCCAUUGCCCUUGCCCCUGGUCCAGCGGGUGGGCUGGGUUGUUCCAGGCUCUAGGUACAGCCAUGGCGUGGGCUGCCUUUGUGGCUGUCAGGACUCUGCCUGUGGAGAGCUGUGUGUUCCAAGUGGCACUGUCUGUGUAGAGACGUGUAUAAUACCCUGUAUAUAUUUGUGUACAAAAGAAAACAGGAAAAAAAAAAAAAAAAA